UAACGGCUCUUCACAUCUGCCCUGCUCAAUUAGAAAAUAUUUUGAUAAAAUGGAACUGCGCAGCAAAUUUAACAAAUUAAAGGAUAUUCUGACCGGCGCAGGCGUCUACGAAGAUGGCAUGGAAAUUGAAGAAAUGCGACAAGUGGCAGCAGCUAUGGAGAUGUCCGUCUCGUCGUACACUGGUGUCGAGUACUCGAACCUCGAGCGCGCUCUUCUGGAGAGCGAAAUUGAUUUCCAAAUGUUGGUGAACUCCACCAUGAUCGUGGAGCCGGCCAUGCCAGCGCCCUCCAUCGAUGUGUUCCUCGAGACGGGCAGCUUUGAGCGCGAGUGCGACAGUCCCCCGUGCGACCCCAUACACAUGCAGGUGCAGGCUAUUGUGCACCACGAGCUCAACUGGAGUCCGAAUCAAUUGCGUCCCCACAAAAGAGAGACCAACGAGCCGGACUGUGGCCUCUACGCCAAGCGCGUAUGCCAGACUAUGGAACCAGAAGCGGAGUCGGCUUUAUCGGAUGUCACGCCCAUAUCGAUGACCAGCGGCGACUCGGGCGUUAGCUGCGAUGAAGUGGGCACGCUGUCCACCUUCAGUGAGAGCUCCACAUUGCCGUCAAUUGGCGAGAUGCCAAGUCGCCUGCUAAUCAGCACCAGCAGCGCCGUCGUGUCCGACCUAUCCAGCCAGCCCGUUGUAAGCCCCUAGUGCCUUAAUUCUACAAUGAAUGUGAUUAUU